AAAAUUGUAGGGUUCUUUUUAUCUCCACGCUUUUCUUACUAAAGAUAUUCACUCUCGUUCAUCUGCAAUUCAAGAGGAGGGAAGAAUCUAUGAGAAAGCCCUAUCAAACCCAUAACAAUUUGCUUUCUCUUUCAGAAAUGCACUUAUAUUUUUAGGUAAAAUCCAACUACAAAAUUAUAUUGCAAAACUGGAGUGCGCUGAAGGGUGAUCAGGGGAUUGCAGUGAUCGGUGUUGAAGAGCAAAUUAAGUUGCAUUACCUGAGAUAAUGUCUACUCGGAAAGGGCCUCCUAAGCAUCAGAACAAGUUUGCAUGGAAGUGGGAUGCGGGGUGUAAGAAGAAUGAAACGGAACUUGGAGGGAAGUUUCGCCCCUUUUCGGAUGUCACAGGAGUUUGUGGGCGCUGUAAAGAUCAGAUUGAAUGGAAGCGAAAAUAUGGAAAGUACAAGCCUUUAACAGAGCCUGCAAAAUGUGCACACUGUGGGAAACGAGCAGUUCGACAAGCCUACCACAUGUUGUGUUCAGCUUGUGCUAAAGAACGGGGUGUAUGUGCUAAAUGCUCUCAUGUUGUGGAUGCUAUAAUUGGAAGAGAUGCAGAAGAAGUAGAAGUUGAGCGCAAGCAAUUGGAAGAGGCAAUAAAGAACUCACGAGAGAGGGAUCGAAGGACAUUAUUACGUGCUAUGAAUAAGAAUCAACAAGAGGGGAUGCACAAAACCUUAAAGAGCCUAAAAAACAAAGCAGAAAGUGAACUUGAAAGUGACCAGUCUGAAUUGGCACUAGAUGAUAAUGAUAGUACUGAACAUAGUAGUGAGGAUGAUACAUCAGAUAAUGGUCAAGGUAUAAUUGAAAGUGGAGGUAGAUUUGAAGGCAAAGAUUUGAAAUAGGUGAAGAAUUUGAGUGGGCAUUGCCUUUCUCAUACCAAGUUUUUUUGAAUAGAGGUUUGGAUAUGGUAGUUACUUUUUUGCGUGAAGCUCUGUUUUCCCUAUCAAUCAGUUUGGUCUUAAAAGAUAUUUGCAAUGUUGUACAAAGUGAGUAUCUGACCAAACAAAAAGGGCAUCUUUAGUUCACUUUUCUGUUGUGUAUUAAUUUUGUGAGCAAUUUGAAGCAGUCCCAUUUAACGACA